UCUCCUCCUUUAUCGGUCCUUCCCUAACACGCCAAAAGAGUUGGCUCCGGUCAAUAACAUCAUGGGGUGUGUCGCCAGCAAAUGUUCUCACAGCAAUCACCGCAAGAAGACCAACGAACUGAGAGCCAAAGUAGUGGCGCUAGAGGAAGAGAUGAAGGAGAUGAGACGCGUAAGGGAGCAGGAGGCGCGAGCCUUCACGUCCAAGGAGGCGGAGUGGGAGCAGGAGAGGAGGCAGCACAGGGAGGAGGCGGCCGAGCUGAGGAAGCGGGUGAUGGAAGAGGAGGAGACGACGGCGAGAGGAAGCAGGGGGGCCAAGGAGUGGCUCCGCUUGGGCACGGAAUGCCUGGUCGAGCACCUCAAGGAGGAGCGAGCGCGGCGAGAGGAAGCCGUGGAGAAGUGGAAGCAGCUCUACCUGGCCAUCAAGACCGAGCUUGACGACCUCAUCCGAAGGACUCGACGGCAGAGGUUCUACUUGGGAGCUGAAGAAGGCAUGAUCGAGCCGCUGGAGAGGGAGGCGAAAGCCAAAGAGGAGACAGUGGAAAGACUGCGAUCACGCGUGGAUAAAAUGGAGGAGGAGGCACGCAAGAGAGAUCGAGAGAUCGACAUUCUGAGGCAGAGCCUAAGAAUUCUGAGCAACGAAACGAAUCGGGAAGAAGAAAGAAGCAACUCCGACUCUGGAACACCGACUUUGAGAGGAAAAUGCCGUGAACUAAAAUAAGUAGUCGAUCCAAAUCUUG